GUAGACCGUAAGGAAGCCGUGCUGCAGAGUUUAUUUUUCCUGUAAAGUGCUGGGGGCAGCUGCAGGGCUGUGGCGGCUGUAAAUGAGGCUGAGGUUUCUGUCGGUCCGGUUCUUCAGUCCUCGCUCUGCUCGGUUUCUGUUUUGCCUUCAUCAUCACUCUGCACACUCAGGUGAUGCCUGAAGGAACUCUCUGCUCCUCCUCAGAUCUCCCCAUGGAUGAAGGGUCCUCCCGCCUGUCCACCGCCUCCAUCAGCAGCGAUGAGCGUGCUCCAUCGUCCACACCCUCCGACUCCUCCGACCUGCUGGCAUCUUACCGGCGCCCCGUGAGCCUGAUCUCCACUUUGUCCUCCGGGUCUGGAUCCUCCAGAGACGACAACCUCGCCCUGCCUUCAUCUAUCACCAGCUCCUCCUCCGACCCUGACAUCAACCUUAACCUGAGCCCCGAGGAGGUCGCUGCAGACCUCCAGGGGUCGAGCCCCCAACCCAACAGGAAGGGGCGGAGCUUCAUUCACAACAAAAACAACAACAACAAAGACUGGAAGGCGAGUCAUACCUUGAGCCGCCGGCAGCCGGCUUCACCGUUUAUCGGUGCCAGCAUGGCGCCCAACCCUCAGCUGACCUACCUAGACCGCGUCGUCAUGGAGAUCAUCGAGACAGAGAGGAUGUAUGUGAGAGAUCUGCGCAUGAUCGUGGAGGACUACCUGGCUCACAUCAUCGAUCAGUCCGAUCAGUCGGAUCUGUCGAUCCGUCCUGAGCUGGUCUGCGCUCUCUUUGGAAACAUCGAGGACAUCUACGAGUUCAACAGCGAGCUGCUUCAGGAUCUCGACCAGUGUGACAACAACCCCGUCGCCAUCGCCAGGUGCUUCGUCAUCAAGAGCGAGUACUUUGACAUCUACACACAGUACUGCACCAACUAUCCAAAUUCGGUAGCGGCACUGACGGAGUGCAUGAGGAACAAAUCUCUUGCCAAAUUUUUCCGGGACCGCCAGUCCUCGCUUAAACGUUCGCUGCCUCUGGGUUCAUACCUGCUCAAACCUGUUCAGAGGAUCCUUAAAUACCACCUGCUGCUACAGGAGAUAGAGAAGCAUUUUGACCCAGACGAUGACGGUUAUGAGGUGGUAGAGGAGGCCCUCUACACUAUGACGGGAGUGGCAUGGUACAUUAAUGACAUGAAGAGAAAACACGAACACGCCGUCCGACUCCAGGAGGUUCAGUCACUGCUGCUAAACUGGAAAGGUCCUGAUCUCACCACAUACGGAGAAUUAGUUCUGGAGGGAAACUUCAAGGUCCAUCGAGCCAGAAAUGAAAGAACGCUCUUUCUCUUUGACCGGGUGCUGCUCAUCACCAAACGUCGUGGCGAACACUAUGUCUACAAGACGCACAUCUCUUGCUCCACACUGACGCUCAACGAAAACGCCAAAGACUCCCUGAGUUUCAGCGUCAUGCAUUACAAAAACCCCAAACAGCCUCACACCGUCCAGGCUAAGACGGUGGAGGAGAAGAAGCUCUGGGCUCAUCACAUCAAACGCAUCAUUGUGGAAAACCACCAAGCCAUCAUCCCACAGAAGGCAAAAGAAGCUAUCCUGGAGAUGGACUCCAUCUAUCCUUCCAAGUACCGUUACAGUCCUGAGCGCCUGAAGAAAGCCACAUCCUGCCACUCUGACGAGUUCCCACGAGAUGCUCGUCAGGGCCGCCGACAGUCAGAGCCAAUCAAACAAACCCUGAAAAGCAAUAAAGCGCUCCUGGAGGAGACAGAGGGAGGCAGCGUCUCUUCAGACAUUUCUAACAAACUCCCUGAAGAAGAAGAGCCAGGUGGCACCGAGCCGACACCUAAGCAGCCAGCUGUAGAGAAGCUACCACAGGAGAAGAUGUCUGAACCAAUCUCAGAACCAGAACAUUUCACUGAUCCAACCCCUUCCAACAUCUCCAAUUCCUGUCGAAAGUCAGACAACCUGAAACCUGAAGUAGAUCCAGAACCCACAGAGGAGCCAUCCUCAGCUACACCUGAUUCAGAUUUGAAGACCUUGAGCAGUGGGGAGUCCUCUGAUGAUGAGGACAACGAGAAGGAGACAGCAGAGAAGGAAGGCAAAGCCGCCAGCAUCCUCCCGUCCUCCGUCCUGGACAAAGCUAGCGCCAUCGCCCAGCACUUCACCAACAGCAUCAAGCGAGGCACCGUGGCCCAGGAUGAUGCCUGCUCACUCGGUUGUCCUUCACCUCGGUUACCCAGCAGGAGUGGCAGCAGCCUCAGCCUGAGUGCCGAAGCAGACGACCGACCUCCGCGGCUCUGCAGCUUUGUUGCCGAUCCUGCAGAGACCUUCGGUGGGUCCGAUUUGACCAUGUUGUCUCCUCGAGAUGACAGUCUCUUUGACAGCGACCGAAGCAUUAGGCGAAGACGGGACUCCACGCUGUCCAAGCAGGACCAGCUGCUCAUUGGGAAAAUCAAGAGUUACUAUGAAAAUGCUGAAAACCAAGAUGCCACUUUCAGUCUUCGGCGCAGAGAGAGCCUCACAUACAUCCCAUCUGGGUUGGUCAGGAGCUCCGUCAGCCGGUUCAACAGCACCUCGACCUCCUCCACCUCCACUGUGGACCCUACUUAUGCAGAGUCACACUCUGCUUUACCCCAAAACACCCAGGAUCUUAUGGGCUGUAGUGGUUCUUUGGACUCUUUGAAGUCUGAACAAAGAAGCACUGAUCCAGAAGAUUCAGAAGGCAGCCAGAGGUCCAGGUCUCAAAGUGUGCAGGAUAAUCUCUCUGAUGAUGAAAACUUCAAACCUUCAUCUGAAAUGAUUAAGAUCUGGCAGGCGAUGGAGCGAGACAUCAAAAAAUCCCAGACUGAAGAUGGAGGGCAGGAUCGAACCAAAGAAGCUGCAGUAACCUCCAGGAUCUCCGGCCUUUCUUUCCCAACCAAAAACUCUUCCCAAGAAAGCAGAGCUUCUGAUCUCAGAACAAUCAAAGAAGAGUCGACAAGCCCUAUGCCCCUCAAGCCCAAAGCCUCAGAGGUGAACCGGACAGGAAGCGUGAGGGAAACGCUAAAGAUGUUUGGGGAAGAGGCCGCCGUCCUCAGGGCUCCAGUGCCUCAUGUCACCCAGCUGAAGGUGGAGGCAGAAAAGGACCACCCCAGUAGCGCUUCAGACCAGGUGGUCGAAGUGGACAAGAUGGCAAGCAAAGUCCUCCACCUGGCUCGUCAGUACAGUCAGCGAAUCAAAACCUCCAGUCCGGUGGUCCGACAGCGAAGUCAGGGUCUCCUCUUUGGAAAGAAAAGCUUAGCCCGUGUGGUGGAGGAGAGGGAAGGUUUGGGUAAAUCCAGCCUGACUCUGCCGCUGGUUUCUCAUAAGCAGGCAACUUCUUUGCCGCUGAGUCCCGUAGACCACAUGAGGUCUUUAACCCUCGGCUUCACCUCCAGCUCAGCGGGAAACUCCAGGGGCGUCUCCUCGGGCCGGCCUCACUCUCGCAGCCCCCUCAGUCCACCUCCUCCCCUCGAAGGCUUCAACUGGCCCGAUGUCCAGGAACUCCGUUCCAAGUACUCCGCCAACAGCUGCUCCCAGAAGAGCGCAGUCAGUCGGAGUCAAUCCAUCCCGGAGCAAUUCGACAGCAGUCUGAGGAGGCACUCCAGCUGCUCCUCAGGCCGCUUCCUCGCUGAUGAAGCUCCCAGAAGGGUUUCUUCACAAAGGCCUCACAGAAAUGCCAGCCGGGAGGAACGCAGCAGACGGCUCCUCAGAGCCAAUUCCCUGGAUCCUCGGCUGAGUGAAUCUCAGAUGAGUGAGUUCCAAAAGCUCCAGGACCAGGUGGCAAACGACGGUUACUACAUUGCAGCUGAGGCCCCCCUAACAAACGACCCCGAACACAAGAUCAUUGUCAUGGAGAAGCUUCCAGAGCCAGAAGUAACAGCCAGAGACAAAAAAGAUGAAAGUUACGUCCAGAUCCGUUCACCCACCAGCAGAGAGAAGAUCUCCAUCAUGGCUGUCAUCGACCGGUGCCGGGCCUACCAGGAGUCUGACGAAUACCAACAGAGGGAGGAACUGAAGGCCAAAACCGAGCAGAACAAGUCCACAGCAUUGUCUGCUGAUCAAGAUGUUUCCCAGAAAACAGGAUCAACCUCAGGACCGAAGGCGGAAGGUCAGCAGAGCAUCGUGAAGAACCUGAGGGAAAGGUUUCAGAGCCUGAGCUGAAGAAAGAGUUGUCCGAGCUCUCCUCUACAUGUUACGACUCUCAGUUUAUAACCAAAGAUGUAACAAUGACAAGCUGCUCAAGUUUUAACGAUGACAUAAUUAUUUAAUUUAUGUGAGCAUGAAAGGAAAAGCUGUUCUAGCAUGUGGUAAUGGCACAAAUGUUCAGGGGGGUGAAAUAUUAAAACAAAGAAGUUAUCAUAUGUGUAUAUAAAGUCUGCAGUUAGAAUUCUUUCUGCUAUCUGAGAAAUGUAAAUAUCUUAUUGGAAAUCUUGAUGGCAGCACCUUUCUGUGCAGGAUGCCGUGUUUUGCACAGGGUUAUUACAUCAUUUUCUGUCCAGGUUGAAUCAGGACUACACUAAGGGAUCGCUUAAAGCUCCAAACUGCAGCCACUUAAACUUAAACUUUAAAGCUCCACUGUGAGAGGACUAACCACUAAACUCACGUUCAUUCCCGGUGUAAAAAGCGACCAGGUUGAGUGUGUGCUGUGUGCCGAGCAUUUCACCUCUUCACCUGACCUCCCUGAAGCCCCAACUCUUGUGACUCAGAGGUCAGACUGAUGCAGUGGUUUGGAAUUACUGCAGCACUCGAUCACUGAUUUUAAAUUUCAGAAUAUGGAUUUUUGGAUUUUAAAAAUAUGGAGGUCUACAUUGUCAGCACCAGACUCACCUCUUUGUUGUCAGAGGUCUUGUUGCAGAAAUUACGGCCUUCAUAUUUCAUUUGUUUGAUGGUGAUUUUAUCAGAGACCACCCAUUCCUUGGUGAUAAUGAGUCUUUGAACAGUCACCUCUGAAUCACCAGAGCUUGGUUGGGGUAUUUGGACCACCCGGAGCAGCGGGGUGUUGGUAACGCCACCGUUCGGUGAGGUCAGAUUGUUCUUUGUGUUAAUGUCUGCUUGAUAUGAAGGCAGCUUUAAUCCCUCCGUUAAUCCCACAAAGACCAAACCGUCCUUUAAAGGAGCGGUACUUUAUAUCGAACUCUCUGUGACUGGCUGCGUUUAGACUGUCUGUAGGGGGAUGUGUUGGCUCCAAAAGAAGAGGAAAAGCCCCUCAGAGUUUGUGAUCUGCACUUUGUGAGUUGGUAACUUGUAGAGUGAGGAGCUGACCAAGCUGGUCGUGUCUGAGGGCUGGGGUGAGAGGCCUCGUCAUGAUCAGGACUUCCUCUCCUGGAUCCGCCUGCUAUAGAUUCAGACUGUUGAGACUAGAAGACUGUUCAGUGAAGCCAACAUGAACGCACCUGAUACCUGCACACAGUGUCAGUUAUUGAUCAUCAGCUUCUGGUCACACUGAUUGAUUGUGGUCACCAUGUUAAAGUCAGACUGUUCCUUCCAGUGACUAGAACUUUAAAGACAUAACCACGAGUAAAUGUUCACGACAGCCAGAGCAGUGCACGGAGCCCCAAACCUGCCUCAUUAGAAAAAAAAUUAAUAAACACAGGUGAUGGAUUUAUUAACUGUCCAGUAAUUACUAAACUGUAAAUACGUGAAGUACAAAUGAUUUUUUUUUUUGUGGCCAAGUUCUUUUUCCUGUUAACAAUCAUAAAUAUUCAACUGUAAAAGUCAUUAGUAGUUUAUUUAAUAAUUGAUAUUUAAAGGAAUUUCAGUUUUUGUGCCUUGUUGUUGUAUUUCAUCAUAUUUUAUGUAAGUCAAUAUUUUCCUAAUAAGUCAUGUGUUGGACUCUGCUGCUAGCAUUUUGUUCAGAGGCACAUGGCAGAUUUCAACAUGUGACUUCCCACCUGCAUAUCCUGCUCCUCAGUCCACUGUUAACAGUCAUGUGACAAUGUCAUGUACUCCUUAUUUAUUUGAUCAGAUGUAAAUAGAAACACAUCACCUGUCUUUCUAUAAAUGUGUGCGUGUGUGUCUACAAAUGUGUUUGUAUGACAUCUGUUCUGCAUUAAAACUAAAUAUAGAA